UCAGGGUGCUGCAGGGGUGCAGCGGGUGCUGUGCAAGGGGAAGUCAGGGAGCUGGAGGGUGCAACGGGUGCUGUGCAGGAGUGGUCAGGGUGUCCUGGGGGCGACAAGGGACGGGAGCGGCUCCUUUAACCCCCUCCCCGUCCCGCCCGCCCGGUCGAUCCGAAAGAGGAAGCGGCUCCCGCUCCGCCCCGCGCAGCUCCGGCACCAGAGGCAGCGAUGGAGAAAGACCUCAGCUGCUACCAGGAGGAAGCCAAGGCAGCGGCAGGCAAUGGGUCAGGCAGCGAGGGGCCGGAGACACAGCUGGACGAUUUUGUGGGCGCCAACCUGGACUACAACGAGGAGGAGGAGGAGCAGAAGUAUUUCCGCCGCAAACGCCUCGGGGUGGUCAAGAACGUGCUGGCAGCCAGCCUGGCCGGCACCCUCACCUACGGCAUCUACCUGGGACCUCCCCGCUGCAGGCCUCUUACAGAUGCAGCUGAUCCUACACUACGACGAGACGUACCGGGAAGUGAAAUACAGCAACAUCCAGCUGGAGGAUAUCGACCGGAAAGUGCUGAUGGGCAUCAACGUCACCCCCGUGGCCGCUCUGCUGUACACCCCCAUCCUCAUCAGGUACCCGGGGGGCAGGCUCCAGGCCGCCGGGCGCGCCGCCUGCCGCUGCCACGGGCGCCCACGCUGUCCCCCUUCCACCCCAACCCCGGCAGGUUCUUCGGCACCAAGUGGGCCAUGUUCCUGGCCGUGGGUGUCUACGCCCUCUUCGUCUCCAGCAACUACUGGGAGCGUUACUUCACGCUGGUGCCGUCCGCCGUGGCCAUCGGGGUGGCCAUCGUGCCGCUCUGGGCUUCCAUGGGCAACUACAUCACGAGGAUGGCGCAGAAGUACUACGAGUACGUCAACUACAAGGAGGAGCACGUGCAGGAGCAGCGGCAGGCGCCGCGGGGUGCCUGCAACGCCUACAUCAUCGUCUUCCAGAGCAUCUUCUACGGCUGCUUCCACCUCAGCUUUGUCUGUGCCCAGAUGCCCAUGUUGUUCUUCCUCAACAACUACCUCUACCAGCUCAACCACACGCUCUUCGGGGUCAAGCACUGCGGGACGCUGAGCCACGGCACACUGAGCGGCUUCAACAAGACGGUGCUGCAGAGCCUCCCGCGCAGCGUCAGCCUCAUCAUCGUGGAGAGCAUCCUGAUGGCGGGCGCCUUCCUCUCCAUGCUGCUGGUGCUGCUGCUCUGCGGCUCCGCGUACCGGCCCACGGAGGAGAUUGACAUGCGCAGCAUCGGCUGGGGGAACAUCUUCCAGCUGCCCUUCAAGCACAUGAGGGACUAUCGCCUGCGCCACCUCUUCCCCUUCUUCAUCUACAGCGGCUUCGAGGUGCUCUUUGUCUGCACCGGCUUCUCCUUGAACUACGGCGUGUGCGCCCUGGGGCUGGAGAAGCUGGCGUACCUCCUGGCAGCCUACGGCUCCUCGGCCUCCGCCUGCUCCAGCCUGGCCCUCUGCACGCUGCGGCUGCGGCGCCACGUCCCGCUGCUGGCCGGGGCCCUCGUCCACGCCGCCCUCCUCGUCACCCUCUUCUGCUGGGCCCCCGAGCCCCGGGAUGAGGAGCAGGCGCCGCUGCUCUACGCCAUCGCCGUGCUCUGGGGCACGGGGAGUGCCCUCAACAAGACUGGCAUCAGCAUCCUCCUGGGCAUGCUCUACGAGAGCAAAGAGCGCCAAGACUUCGUCUUCACCAUCUACCACUGGUGGCAAGCGCUGGCCAUCUUCGCCGUCUACCUCUGGUCGGAGCUGCCCAUGAAGGCCAAGCUCUCCAUCCUGCUGCUGACUCUGGCGGCUGGGGUAGGGGCGUACCUGUGGCUGGAGCGCAAGCUGGGGCAGCGCGUGCCCUACCGCCUGCCCCGCAUCCCCCGGCCCCGCCACAAGCCGCACGGCUACCGCUACCUGGAGGAGAACGACUCGGACGAGCCGGGCUCCGAGGGUGACGAGGAGGACAAGGACAGCGACCAGCCGGAGCCCACCAGCAGGGAGGAGCUGCAGAAAGAUGAGGAGGAGCAGCGGGGUUAGAGAGGAUCUAGGCUGGGUUGCCCUCCCCUGUGCCACCACUGAACUUGAAGGGAGUCGGGGGGGGGUAACCACAGCUCUCCUUGGAGCUGCCCAAAUCCCUCCAGGAUGGCAAAAACUUUCCCAGCUCCCUGCGUGGGACAGGCUUGUAGCCCCUACCAGCCAGACUCAGACCCAUAGUCCACACAGACAGGCCCACAGCCCACCCCAGACCUGGCCUGCUGAUCCUUAGGAAGGUCCCAGAGCCCCCCAGGCAGGUCCAAGGCUCCCCCAGGCUGGCUUAAAACUCCCUCAGGCCAGGCUUCCAGCCCCCAGGCAGGUCCAAAACUUCCUCAGACCAGACCCAGAGCCCCUCAGGUGGGUCCUGCAGCCCCCAUGCCAGACCCAGAGACUCCCAGGCAGAUCCCACAGGCCCUAGGAUGGUUUAAAACUCCCUCAGGCCAGACCCACAGCCUCCAGACAGGUUCAAACCUCCCCCUGGACAGACCCAGAGAUCCCCAAGCAAGUCCCAGAGCCCCUCAGGCAGGUCCCUGACUCCCUCAGACAUCUACCAGAGCCCUCAAGCCUGACCCAUAGACCCCCAGGCAGGUCCCAGACUCCCUCUGACAUCUACCAGAGCCCUCAAGCCUGACCCAUAGACCCUCAGGCAGGUCCCUGACUCCCUCAGACAUCUACCAUAGCCCUCAAGCCUGACCCAUAGACCCCCAGGCAGGUCCCUGAUACCCCAAGGCAGGUCCCAGACCCCCUCAGCCACAUCCCCAAGCCCCCAAGCCUGACUCAGAGACACCCAGACAGGUCCCAAACCCCCUCUGGGACAUCCCAGAGCCCCAAAGCCUGACCCAGAGACCCUCCAGGCAGGUCCCUGAUACCCCAAGGCAGGUCCCAGACACCCUCAGCCACAUCCCUGCGUCCCCAAACCUGACUCAGAGACACCCAGACACCUCCCAGUCCCCUUCAGGGACAUCUCAGAGCCCCCAAACCUGAUUCAGAGACACCCAGACAGGCCCCAGACCCCCUCUGGGACAUCCCAGAGCCCCCAAACCUGACUCAGAGACACCCAGACAGGUCCCAGACCCCCCAGGGACAUUCCAGAGCCCCCAAACCUGACUCAGAGACACCCAGACACCUCCCAGUCCCCUUCAGGGACAUCUCAGAGCCCCCAAACCUGAUUCAGAGACCCCCAGACAGGCCCCAGACCCCCCCCGGGGCCCCCAAACCUGACUCAGAGACACCCAGACACCUCCCAGACCCCUUCAGGCACAUCCCAGAACCCCUAAACCUCACCCAGACCCCUCCCAGAAGCCAAGAGCCCCUCACACCAACCCCAAACUCCCUCAAGCCAUCCCCUCCCUCACCUCCCAGACCCACAGCCCUUACAGGGACACCCAUAAAGUCGCACAAACCCCCUUCAAAACACAUCCCCAACAAGCUUUCCUCCGCCCGGCGAGGUUUAAACCCAACCCACCUCCUUUCAGCCGCUUACGGCCCAAUAAAAGCCGAUCCGCGUC